GCUACCUGUCACACCUGAGCUUUCAGUGUGUGUGGCCAACGAGCAGGGUGCCUGCUGGGGCCGGGGCUUCCAGCCAUGGUCUGGGCUCUCUGGCCAAGGUGGCUGGCAGGCAAAGGGCUGCCCCUUCUGGGAGCAGUGCCCUUGGGGAAGAGAGAGAAGAGGGACCAUCCACGGAGGCGUUGGCAGUGGGAAACUCACCCAUACUAUGAUCUCCAGGUGAAGGUGCUGAGGGCCAGAAAUAUCCAGCACACAGAUCUGUUGUCUAAAGCUGACUGCUAUGUGCAACUGUGGCUGCCCACGGCGUCCCCCAGGCCUGCCCAGACACGAACAGUGGCCAACUGCAGUGACCCCGAGUGGAACGAGACCUUCCACUACCAGAUCCAUGGUGCCCUGAAGAAUGUCCUGGAGCUCACCCUCUAUGACGAGGAUGUCCUGGGGAGUGACCAGCUCUCCCUGCUUCUGUUUGACCUGGGGAGCCUCAAGUGUGGCCAGCCCCACCGACACACCUUUGCCCUUGACCACCAGAAUCUGCAAGAGCUGCAGGUGGAGUUUGUUCUGGAGCAGAGCCAGGUGCCUGCGUCUGACGUCAUCUCCAAUGGGGUCCUGGUGGCUCACCCCUGUCUGAGAAUCCAGGGCACCCUCUGUGGAGAUGGGACAGCCCCACGUCGAGAGUAUGGCUCUAGGCAGCUCCAGUUGGCAGUGCCUGGGGCUUAUGAGAAGCUGCAGCUGUUGCCCCUACAGCCUCCCAAAGAACCAGGCCUCCCACCCACCUUUACCUUCCAUGUGAACCCAGUGCUGAGUUCCAGGCUGGAUGUGGAGCUGGUGGAAAAGCUCACGGUUCUGCAGAGUGGCCUGAACACAGAGCUGGAGGCUCAGACCAGCAGGCUGGGUGAGGGCAGCGUCCUGCUCUCCUCUCUGCCUGUGGGCCAGGAGGACCGGUGCUUCGUGGCCCUGGGGAAGGACCAGGAGGUGGCUCUGAGUGUGAAGGUGGAAAAGAGCUCUGGGGACCUGGACCUGCGCCUUGGCUUUGACCUCAGUGACGGGGAGCGGGAAUUUCUGGACAAAAGGAAGCAGAUUGUGUCCAAGGCCCUGCAGCAGGUGCUGGAAUUAAGCAAAGCUCCGGACAAUGGCCAGGUGCCUGUAGUAGCUCUGUUGGGUUCCGGGGGUGGAACCCGAGCUAUGUCUUCCCUGUACGGCAGCCUGGCAGGCCUGCAGGAGCUUGGCCUUCUGGACACUGUGACCUACCUGAGCGGGGUCUCUGGGUCCACCUGGUGUAUCUCCACACUGUACAAGGACCCAGCCUGGUCCCAGGUGGCCUUGCAGGGCCCCAUUGAGUAUGCUCAGGCUCGGGUCUGCAGCAGUAAGCUGGGGGCACUGUCCACAGAGCAGCUACAAUACUACACUCAGGAACUGGGGGUCUGGGAGCCCAGCAGCCGCAGUGUGUCCCUCAUUGACUUCUGGGGCCUCCUCAUCGAGUAUUUCCUGUAUCAGGAGGAAAACCCUGCCAAGCUGUCUGACCAGCAGCAGGCUGUCAGCCAGGGUCAGAACCCAUAUCCCAUCUACGCUUGUGUCAAUGUCCGCACCAACAUCAGUGCAGAAGAUUUUGCAGAGUGGUGUGAGUUCACCCCCUACGAGGUCGGCUUUCCCAAGUACGGGGCUUAUGUUCCCACUGAGCUCUUCGGCUCGGAGUUCUUCAUGGGACGACUGCUGCAGCUGCGGCCUGAGCCCCGGAUUUGCUAUCUGCAGGGAAUGUGGGGCAGCGCCUUUGCAGCCAGCCUGGAUGAGAUCUUCCUGAAGACUUCAGGCUCAGGCCUGGGCUUCCUGGAGUGCCACCGGGGCAGCGUCAACAUCGCAGACGACUGCCAGAAGCUCCAGCUACAUGACCCUGCACGGCUGCGGACGAGGCUCUUCACCCCACAAGGUCCCUUCUCCAGGGCUGUGCUGGACAUAUUCACCUCCCGCUUCACUUCUGCCCAGAACUCGAACUUCACUCGAGGCCUUUGCCUGCACAAGGACUACGUGGCUGGCAGGGAGUUUGUGGCCUGGAAAGACACACACCCAGAUGCCUUCCCCAACCAGCUCACCCCCAUGAGGGAGUGCCUGUACCUGGUGGAUGGAGGCUUUGCCAUCAACUCUCCGUUCCCACUGGCUCUGCUGCCCCAGAGAGCAGUGGACCUCAUUCUGUCCUUUGACUACUCCUUGACAGCCCCUUUUGAGGUCUUACAGAUGACCGAGAAGUACUGCCUGGACCGGGGAAUCCCCUUCCCUAGGAUAGAGGUGGGCCCUGAGGACUUGGAGGAACCCCGGGAGUGCUAUCUCUUUGCCAAGCCCAAUGACCCCUGCUCACCCAUCGUGCUGCACUUCCCUCUUGUCAAUCGUACCUUUCGAACACACCUGGCCCCAGGUGUGGAACGGCAAACAGCUGAGGAGAGGGCCUUUGGGGACUUUGUCAUCAAUGGGCCAGACACCCCCUAUGGCAUGAGGAACUUCACCUAUGAGCCCCAGGACUUUGAUAGGCUGGUGGCCCUGAGUCGAUACAACGUUCUGAACAAUGUGGAGACUGUGAAGAGUGCCCUCCGGCUGGCUCUGGACCGGAGGGCAGGAGACAAGGCUGGGGGCUAACCCAGCAGGAGGAGGAGGACUGACAGGAGAGAAGGGCUCUGGCUGGUGCUGUGGCCAGGGCUAUCAAGGGAGAGGGGGUGCUUCCUGGGGCUCUGCUUCCUCUCUCUCCAGAACCUGCCUCCAGGGCCCCAGGAAGUGCUUGCAGAAUUGUAGCUUGUACUUGGGGAAGCCGUUUUUGAGAAGAUGGGCAGCACCUCUCUGCAGGGGCCUUGGGGAGGCAGGGCAGAAGGCACAGUGCUCAUCUACAGUGAGGUAUGGGCAGAAUCAGGCAACAGUCUAGCCACAGGGCCCCCCAAAUACAGGAAGACCUUAGAGGGUGUAGGUCCUCCACCCUCUCCAGAGCAGGAGCUGUAGGCCAAGGUGCUUCUGUGUCCCUGCUGCUGGGAUAGGAGGCAGAGGUGCAUCCACCAGGCUGCCAGCAAUGGGGCAGACCCUGACCCCACCUGCCCUCCUGGAGGCCACUACCAAGAAUGCAGAGGAACCCUGUGGGUUGCCAGACUGUCACUGACUCUAUUGUCCUGGCUCUGAUCCUCCUGGUCAUCCUGGCCUCCCUUGUCCCUGUCCUCAGAGCUCACACUUCUCUGCUCAGCCUCCCAAAGCCUGUGGGCUGAGGCCCGUCUGGCUGUGAAUUACCCACUGCUGACUCCCCGUGCACGGUCUUUAAAGCCAGACUACAAUCUCUAGUCACGUGAGCAGUUGUCCCCUGAUGCAAGUAUGGUCCCACCGUGUCCUGGAGCUAACUGGGUAUGACUUAGAGGGGCACCAUGAUUAGAGAGGCGGAAUGGAUCUGCAUCAUGUAUGGGUGGGCUAGCUCCCAGGGAUGGUGACUAGGCCAGGGAUACAGGGAGCCCUGCCUGGGUUCCCACCUCUUUCAGACGUAGCCCACGAUCUGGGUGAAUGUCUGUCUUUUUCUACCUUUUUGCAUUUCCCCUGACCUACCUGGGAACCUCCAAAUAUCUAGAGCCUCUCCAGGGCAGGCAGAUUUCAGAUUUACGUGGAGGAGAUCCACUCUGCCCAGGCCCUCUCCAUCUGGCCUCUGCACUGCCCUGGUGUGAGGCCUUGCAGUGGCCGGGCUGCCUUACAUGCAGGAACUCUGACGACUCCUGCCCCCUACGCCAGGAAUGGCCUCUCUGACUGCAUGGACUGCUCCUCAUUCUCUCACAAACAUGCUAUCUGGGACCAAAGUCACAGUUCCUCUUUUGAGAAGAUGACCCUAGUUUGUGCGCUCAGCUGGGAGAAGGGUGGUGAGAGCCCAGUCUGUUCCUCCCACCUGGCCUGGGCCCCCAGUCCUCCAGCUGAUGUGAGCUCUGAGGACUGAAGAGCCAGUGCUUUGGCAGCAUGGUAUAUGGGUAGCGUGGCUCUCCUCUCCCGCCUCCUCACCACUGCUGUCCAUUGCAGCCCACCACCUUUGCCUCUGGACUCAACAAGAAGAGGUUUACUUGGGAGCAGCUGUGGGCUGGCCCCUGAGCUCCUGCUGUGUGGACACUUGUCACCACAAGUGUGCCUGCCAUCAAUAAGUUGUUAUUUGAAUCUUGUUGUUGAGACAGAGUCCCACCCUCUGCCCCUGAGCAGGGUACAGUGGGCGUGAUAGCUCACUGCAACCUCAGACUCGGGCUGUGGGUAUCCCGCUGCCUAAUCCUCCGGAGCCGCUGGGAUUACAGGUGCUCACUGUGGUGCCCCGCUGGGUUUUUCCAUUUUUUUAUGAGUCGAGGUCUCACUGUCACUCAGGCGAGUCUCAAACUCCUGAGCUCAAGCGAUUCUCCCUCCUCAGCCUCCCACAGUGCUGGGAUUACAGCUAUGAGCCACCACGCCUGGCAUUGUUAUUUGACUGCUCAUAGAGUUUGCAACUUAGAACUGUGUAGAGUUCUUAGAACUUGAAACAGAGUUCACCACUUAGAAUCUUCAAUGCCUCAUCUGCUUUAGGCUGACUGGCCCCAGGAAAAGCCCCCUGAGGGUGGGAUUUUGUUUUUAUUUUUUUUCACUACUGUAUCCCCAGUAUCUACAGUGCCUAGGUGCUCCAUAAGUAUUUCACAAACAAAUGGGACCCCACAUUCUAAAAAUGGAUCAUCACCUACCAAAAACGAACAUGUGUGCAACACUCCAAUGGUUCUUAACCCACUGGAUCUUUAUGAAGUUAUGAAAGCCAUGGGCCCUCUAAAAUGUACAUACAUAUGAAAAGUUGCAUACAAUGUCUCUGCUUCAGCUGUGUGAUCACAGCCCCCAGGAGUGUGGAGGACAAUGUCUACCCCCAAGGCCUGUGAGGUUGGUAAGGAAAGCAAGCUUGUGUGCUUGUGCUGGCACCUUCAUGCACACAGAAGUAUAGGAAAUGCCACUUUGUCUCAGGGUUGGGAAGACAUUGAGGCAAGAAUGGGAAACCAGGAGACUGCUUAGGUGUACUAGCCAAGACAUUGGUCAACAGGUGCAAAGAUGACCUCAGCCAGGGAAUGAGAAAGUAGCCUCAGGACUGAAUCUGGGAGCCAAGCAGAGUGAGGAGUUGUGGGGAAGGAGUUAAACAUGAUCUGGCCAAUUUGGCUUCUGCUCCUAGUUGAGGAGGAAUCUAAAUCUGUUUCUUUGCUAUUUCUAUCUCAUUCCCAAUGCUAUCCAAGAUGUCUGGAAAUGAGUUUUAAGGUCCUGAAGGUGACAGAGUUAAAGGGAUUUAACCAGAAAAACAUCUGUAAGCUUGGUCCCCCCUGAGGCUGGGUAGAAACAGGAAGGAGCAGGGGACUCAUCCCUCAACUUGUCAGAGCCCCUCAUUGUGCAAAGGAAGAAGCCACCAAGACUCCUACAUAUGGCUGCACAGGUUGUGCACUGCACAACCUCAGGGGAUGUCAUUAACUCAGGAUGUGAAUUUGUACUCUUAUUGGAGUGCAAAAUUGAAUAGCUCUCUAAUGGAGGGUCAGUAGAUGGCAAGCAUUCUGAGUCUUACAUGCCUGUAAUUAUCUUUUCUUGCCCUGACGUAUGAAUAAUAGUCUAGAUGCGUAUAGAAUUCUUGCUUCAAACCUAUGUUAACUCAGUUAUUAACGCCUUCUGGCAUCAGACAUUGCUGAUGAGCAGUCUGAUGUUGGUAGCUCCUCAUUUCAUUAUAGGUCAUUUGUAUUUAAUUUUUAGGACUUUGAUUUUCAAAAGUUUAAUCAUGAUUUUUAUAAAGUAUAACUUUAAAAAGUAGCAUCCGUGAGUUCUUUCAAAUCUGAAUUCAUGUCUUUUUAUUUAUUUAUUUUGCAGUUUUUGGCCAGGGCUGGGUUUGAACACCUCCGGCAUAUGGGGCCGGUGCCCUACUCCUUGAGCCACAGGGGCCACCCAAUUCAUGUCUUUUUUAAGCUCGAAGAAAUUACCUGCCAAAGUUAUCAAAAUAUCUCUCCAUUCUCUCUUUCUGAAAUCUGUAUUAAGUGGAUGUAGGGAUCUCUGGAUCAAUGCUCUUUAUCCCUAAACUUUGUGUUUGCACAUUCUAUCUUAUCUUUGUCCUGCAUUGUGUGUGUGUGGGGGGGUGUCUUGGCAUAAUUAUCCAGUUCAUGAAUAAUUUAUCUUUUGGGGGUUUUUUGUUUGACUUUACUAUCACAUUUUCCAUUUUAAGUUCUUCAAUGUCUUUUCUGAAACUACCUAUUUUCAUUGCACAAAUCCUUUAUUCACUCUUCAAACUCUGAUGAUUUAAUAUAUGUAUUUCAAGGCAUUUUUCUGAUUGUUCUAUAAAUGAUUUCCUUGGGGUAGGUUCUUUGUUGCCUCUUUCAUGGACCCUGCCUUCCUUAUAUAUUUGGUGAUUGGUGAUUGUAAUCUUAUCUCUGAGAGAGGUCUAUGCAUGCCCUGGGCUGUGACAGCUCCUGGCCAUGUGUCACUGGUCAUGCAAUGGCAAUGGUGGCCUGCAGGUGGCAGUGUGGGGCCCAGGGAGGAGACUGAAGCUAUGUCAGUGAGGGACUAUCACAGUCUUAAGCGAUCCUGAAGCCUCUGGGUAGCAGCUUUGGCACCGAGCUCACCCAGUAGAGUGGCAGCCCGUGGGUUCACUUGGGCUGCUUAUUCAUCCCCUUCUUUUAGGGCUGCCUGUGAGUUUCUAACUCAUGAAAAGUUUCUCUUUCUUGUUUUGAACCAUGGAUUAUGAAUUUAUUAACCUGUGUUUAUAUCUUUUCCAUUAUUAAUAUGAUUAAUAUGAUGUUUAUGGGGAUGUUAUCCUUUGGAUGUUUUUCUCCUCCAAAUUUCAUGUUGAAAUAUGAUCCAGUGUUGGAGGUAGGGCCUAAUGGGAGGUGUUCGUGUCAUGGGGGCAGAUCCCUCAUAAAUGGAUUCAUGCCUGUCCUGAGUUAGCGGGUGGAGGGAGUUCUCUAUCAGUUCCUACCAGAGUUGUUGGUUAAAAAGAGGCUGGCACUACCCUCUCCCCCACCUUGCUUCUCACCAUGUGAUCUCUGCACAUGGCAGCUUCCCUUUGCCUUCCCCCAUGAGUGGAAGCAGCCUAAACCCUCACCUGAAGCAGAAGCAGGUGCUGGCCCACAGAAUGUGAGCCAAAAAACCUCAUUUCUUUAUAAAUUACACAGCCUUGGGUAUUCCUUUAUCACAGUGGUUCUCAACCUUCCUAAUGCCUCCUAAUGCUGUGACCCUUUAAUACAGUUCCUCAUGUUGUGGUGACCCCCAACCCUAAAAUUAUUUUCAUUGCUACUUCACAACUGUAAUUUGCUACUGUUAUAAAUCAUAAUGUAAAUAUCUGAUAUGCAGGAUGUGUUUUCAUUGUUACAAAGGGGUCGCAACCCACAGGUUGAGAACUGGGGCUUUAUAACAACACAAAUAGACUAAGGGUAUAAAUAGAAUAUUACAAAGGAGAACUUCUGGCUUUAAGCUGAUAGAGGACAGACCAAGAUCCCUCUCAAUCUUUUAAAAAUAUAAGCUGGCUGCUGUAGGUCAGUGGUUAGCACUCUGACCCUGCACACCAGCAAUUGUGGGUUCCAGCCUCAGCUGAGCCUGAUAAACAAAUAGCAACAAAAAAUAGUAACUCUUUUCUGUUAUACAAUUUUCUGAAUUUGUCUUUCUAAGAAAUAAUUUAGGGGAAAUUAUCAAUAUUAUACAUUUAAAAUAUUGAAAGUUUAGAUAUUUUCAGAUUUUAGUCUAUUAAUAUUUGCAUUUUUUUAUUAUUUGUA